GCGUGCUAGUGUCUGGUCGUCACCUGGUCCGCACUGAUGUAUGCCGCCUCAGCUAUUUAAAGAAAACUAUCUUCUGUUGUGGUCGCGUCGAAAGAUCCUGAACCGCACACACCUGGCCUCCUACUCCUUUUCCGCCCUGUACUAAUUAAUACUACUGACCAUGGAAUAUCCUGCACGCACCUCACCCCCCACCGAGAAACAGUCGCCCGAACUCAUUAGGACCAGUACUGGCGGGCCCUCGAACUCCAAUAAUGUAGAUCCCGACCUGCCUCCCUACAGCGACGAGGCUACCUUUGAAGAUACCGCAGCUGUGGCUAGCCCCCCAGUGCCAGCCCAGAUCGUUGCACCACCCGCCGUGGAUAUCCGCCCACAGCCCAUACGCCUGAGUUUGAUCAACCCGCACAGCAUCUCCAGUGGAUUCACACUUGCCAUCCCUGACGCCUUGCGCGUGUUGCCGAGCCGGCAAUUCGACGCAGAGCGGUGGACCCGCUUCGUGCGCGAGCUCAAUGCUGUGCUGAGCAAGGCGCCUGGCACCAUUGCCAAAGAAAUCACCGAAUUCUGGUUAGUCCACCUGUGCACGCUAGGCGCGGCUGGCAUGACAACCAAGAUCUACGCCAAGCGCAUCAGGCAGAAGGCACAGAAUAUGGUGGAGAACUGGAACCGCGUUGAUUUGGCACAAAUGGGCCUGCAUGCGCGGCUCAACGAGUCAGCUGUUGAUGUUAACGCGCACCACACGGACGACUUGUACUAUCGCCGGCAUGGCAGGCAGUUCCAAAGCCCGGACAACGUCUUGACAUACACGUCGCUGGAGCUGGUCGUGGAGCGGCUCUGAGGCAGUCAUUGUGAUGUAAUCUUGUGGUCAUGCUAAUUAAUCGCGGCCUAUUGGUCUGGGCGAUCCUCGCUUCCAGGAGUAGGGGUCUCGAAGGGCUGGCAGAAAAGUAUAAAAGCCGGCUGACAGAACCACCCCAGCGCUACUGCUCUUCGUGACACACAAAAGCAUCAGCAC